AUGAUACCAGAUAUUAUUUAAAGUAAUUAAGUAUUAUUUAAUAAUAAUACAGUAAAAGAUAAUGAAUGUAUUUUGUAUGGUUAAAAUAUUGGUUCAACACUAAGAAAGAUAGAGUUAGAUUAAAUAAGUAAUCCUUAAUUUAUUGUAGAAAGAGGUGAUUAAUAAUAAGUUGAGUCCAUUAUUGUUAGCAAUUUUAGGAGCGGUGAUUAUAUGUUCAUUGAUGAUAUUUAAAUUUUAGAUGAAGAAAAUAAAUACUUUAAGUACAAUCCCUUACUAAGUUAUAGUCAAAGUGUAAAUGAAAUAAUUUAAUAAACAACUAUGACAAUAAAUAUAUAAGCAAAAAGUGAAAAAAUGAAUAUAUUUGGAGGAAAUAUUGCCACCUUUUAGAAAGGAAAAUUUUCUUUUAAUAUUAGUCUAUCUUAUAUUCCUAAUCAAAGCUCGACUCUUUAAAUACAGUCUUAGAUAAUUCCUCCUCUCUAUAAUUCUAAGGGAAUUUUAUUUCUUUCUUAAAAGUAAUUAUCUUUGAAUUUCAAAGUCGAUUUUAGAAAAUGUAUAAUUGGAGAAAUUCAAAAAGAUUUUUUUUCUUCAAUUAUUUGUGAUCAAUGUCCUGAUGGAAAAUAUUCUCUUAGUCUAAAUGAUCAAAGUUGUUAAAUAUGUCCUUCAACUGCAGUAUCAUGUUAAGGAUCUAUAAUAUAAGUAAAGAAUGGGUUUUGGAGAAAAAAUAAUUAAACUGAUUAAAUUCUAUAUUGUUAAAAUGCACCAAAUAACUGCAAACCUUAAAAUAUAGAGUCAAAAUUUGGAUGUGCAAUUGGAUAUGUUGGUCCUUUGUGUGAAUAAUGUGAUUUUUUGGGUGAUGUUUGGGGAUAAAGAUACUCGACUAUUUUCUAUACAUUUAAGUGUUCAAAGUGCUCAGAUACUUUAAUACUUUCUGGUAUAACAUAAGUAAUAUUUUUAGUGGUGUUAACUUUGUAUAUAUACGCAUGCAAUAGAAAGAUUAUUAAUUCAGUAGAAAGAGAAUUAUAAAACUAUUAUCUUAAAAUGAUGGGUCUUAUUUAUCUCAAUAAUUCAGUCUAUAAGGCUAAUUCUACAGUAUACUCAAAAAUUUUGAUUGAUCACUUACAAAUAAUAUCUAUUUUAAGUAGUAUUCCCUUCUAAUUUCCUACUUUAAUUUAAAUUUCUUCAAAUGUUGGAGGAAAUCCUUUGCUGAUUUAAACAAACAUGUUUGAUUGCUUUUACCCUAAAAGUAUUAAUAUACCAAAAUGGUUUGCUAAAGUAAUGUGCUCAUUAAGUCUGCCUUUUAUCAUUUACUUACUUAAUUAUCUUAUAAAUAUUUUUUUUAAAGUAGUUUACAAGUAAAAUACUCACUCUAGGUAUUAGAAAACUACAAUGAUUUUCUUUUAUUUCUAUUUCUAUCCAUCGAUUUUAUUUAUUUUAAUCAAAUCAAUAAAUUGUAUAAAUAUUGGAAAUGAAAAAUAUGCUUAAAUCGACACUUUAAUAGGAUGUAGGAAUUUUUCUGAUCACUUUAUUUAUAAUUUAUUAUUUAGCUUUCCAGCAAUAUUUGUGAUAUGUAUUGCUCUCCCUCUUUUCUUGAUUUAUAAAGUGAGAAAAAACAUAAAUUAGAAUCUCAAUAAAAUACAAAAGAGCUCUUACUAGUUCAUUUAUGAACCUUAUAAGAAUUAAUACUACUACUGGGAAUUUAUAAGAUUAUUUUACAAGAGUGCUGUUAUGAUUUCUUCAAUAAUUUUACAAGACUCCUUAUCUUUGAAAACUUGCAUAGUAAAUCAAAUUCUAGUAUUAUACAAUUACUUCCAAAUGAAGGUCAGUCCAUUUACUAACAAGUUUCAUAAUCAAUUAGAAACAUAAUCUAUACUAAUAAGUAUUUCUACUCUAAAUUUUGGUUUAGUAUAGUCUUUGCUGAUUGAUGAAUUCUAUAUUCCAAUCAUAAUAUUUUAAUUCUUUAUUAUAAUCUUAAACUUCAAUUUUAUAUUUAAGACACUCUUUUUAACUUUUGUAAGACCUAUUCCUGCUAUGAGAUAAAAUAGAAAUAUAAUUUAAUAAUGUUUAUUUAGUCUAAAAACAUAAUACCCAUUAUUAUUUACCUUUAUAUAAAUAGACUAUAAAAUAAAAUUCUCUACUGCUUUGAAAAUCAAAAAACUAAAGUCUAAACUAAAAAAUUAUAUUGAAAUUGGAAAUGAAAGAUUAAGUGUCUAUUAGACUUAACAAAGAUUAUAGUCUUUGAUACCUACCUAACUAAAAUCACCAAAUAGUUAAUUUAGAAUAUCAUUCUUUAGCCAAUAAAAUGAUAAUGAAACUAUAAAUACAGAGUUUGAAAAUUUAAAGCAGGCUAAUUAGCCUUUAACUCUACAUAAUAAAUAUUAGCUUUCAGCAAAGUUCAAAUAAUAAGAAUCAUCUGUUGGUAGGUAAGAUAUAUUUGAUAUUUAAAGUCCACAAAAAUAGAAUCAUUUCUAAUUCAGAUUACUAAAUCUUAAAGAUUAAUAAAAUGAUGAAAGUAUAUUAAAAUAAAACGAUAAAAGUAUUAAUUGA